AUGGUAAAUGUCUACUACGAUCAGGACGCCGACCUGGGGAUCCUUCAAGGCAAGACAAUCGGCAUCAUCGGUUACGGCAGCCAGGGCCACGCCCACGCUCUGAACCUGAAGGACAACGGCCAGAACGUGGUGGUUGGCCUCUACCCGGGUAGCUCUUCCAUCGCAGUCGCCGAAGCAGCCGGGCUCCGCGUGGCUGAGGUACCAGAGGUAGCAAAAGAAGCCGACGUUGUAAUGAUGGUCAUUCCCGACCACGUCAGGGCCGGAUCUACCGAGAGCAGAUCGAGCCCAACUUGA